AUGCAUAUCAUCCUUACAGGAGCAACGGGUCUUGUUGGAUCCGCUGUUCUUCAUGCCAUGAUUAAGAACGAGAGGAUCAGCAAGAUCUCAAUCCUUAGUCGGCGGCCUGUCCCAAUGACUCAAAAGUUUAGUGAUGAUCGAAUCAAUGUGGUUCUUGCCGAGGACUUUUCAAAAUUCGAUAACAAAGUGCUCGACCAAUUGAAUGGAGCAACUGGGUGCGUGUGGGCUAUGGGAGUUAGCCAAAACGACGUGAACAAAGAAGACUACACAAAGAUCACGAAAACCAUGACUCUUUACGCAGCUAAAGCGUUUCAACCCCUUGCUCCUCCGUCUGAAAACUUCAAUUUUGUCUAUGUCUCAGGGGAAGGUGCAACCCAUGAUCCCGGGUUUACUACCCCAAUUUUCGGCAGAGUGAAGGGAGAAACCGAAAUUGCCCUUGCCAAGCUUCAAGAGCAAUCGCCUCGUUUCCAUGCUAUUUCUGUCCGCCCGGCAAUGGUUGACCCCAGCGCACAUGAUGAAAUCAAACCGUGGAUUCCACCACAAACUGGUCUCAAGUAUGUAGCGUUCGCGGGGCUAGGGCCAUUUGUGCGGUGCUUUUGGAAAGGGAUGCACAGCCCGACAAGACCACUGGGAACCUUUUUGACGGGACUGGCUACCGGAGAGUUUGAUGGGAAAUUGACCGGCCAAGGGAUUGAUGUUGUUGGAAAUUCUGCCAUUAUAAACAAUGUCGGCUUUCGACGAAUCAUGGACUUAAAUAAAUCACAAAAAUAG